AUGUGCAAACCCAAUGAGAAGACGGGGAUAUGGCUUGGGACGUACCCGAGUGCGGAGAUGGCGGCACGGGUGCACGACGUGGCGGCUUUGGCGCUUAAGGGAACCUCUGCGUGUCUUAACUUGGCCGACUUGGUGUGGAGUGUUCACCUGCCGGCUUCGACGGACGCGGGUGAGAUAAGAAGGGCGUGGACUGGCCGGAUGACAUGGAAAGCUCAGGUGGGGUUCCUUUAUGGAGCUUCUCAAUAUAAACGACGCCGUCAACUCUAUGGUGGCAGGCUCAGCGGCCUGGUCUUCACUGGUUCGGUCGACGGAAGCAUCAAGGAGGUUGAAAGUGGUAAGCAGUCCUGUAAGGCUGCUCUCUUAGAAGUGAUUGAAGAUUUCUAUACGGGUGAUGAGAGGCACCCUGAAAGAAGUUCACCUCUGUUUUCAUGUUGUAAAACAGAGGUGAACAGAGUCAUGAAAAGUGGGCAAAAAAUGACUUCUGGUUUGUGA